CUCUUUCUCACCGGCGCGCGCGGGCGGAAGCAGGCGGUGACGCUUCCCCGGUAAAGAGCGCGCGCGCCUCCAGUCGCAGUCGGUGAGUCACUCGCUCGCGCGCAGUCACCGGCGGCGGACACGAGCGGAAUGUAGCGGCGGGAUGUGAGCAUCAGCGCACCCUCGCACGACCCACGGACCCAGGACGUGUGCAGGAUCCAGCGCGCGUCGGUGGGUGAGUGAGUGGCGCGUGCGCGUCCGGCGGAAAAUCAUCAUCAUCAUCAUCAUCAUCAUAAUUCUGAUAACAAGAAGAAGAGGAAGCUGGGGUGAAAAUUCAGCGCGGUGCGUCGGCGCAGAGCUGAAGCGCAACAAGACACACUCUCCUCCUGGGGAUUUUAAUUUCAACCGGGACCACCGCACACACGACGGCCAUCGGCGGCUUCGGACGCGCAGUCCGGAGGAUCAACAGCGCGCGGGCGCGUGAAAUCAGGCGCGUGCGUGCGUGCGCUUUAUUUGUCCGGGAUGACCGGAUGAGGGGAAGGACGCGCGACUGGUCUCGUGCAGCAGGUUCACCGGCGGGCUCGCGCAGCUGAUCGGUUGUGGGAUUAAAUCAUAAAAUUGAAUCACGGCCAGGAAGACGACGGCUUGGAGCCGGGGAAAUCGCAUCCGCUCGCUGUUCUGUCUGUACUGUGACCGAAACAACGUUUUCGAGGUGGAGAUGAGGAGGACUGUGUGUUUUUAUGUCACGCCCUGAGGAAAGACACAUACCGUGCUGUUCAGGGUGGCACCCUCCAGGCCUGUAGACUCACACGAGCAGAGAUCAUGUUCUAAAAGGGAACAACCAUGAAAAGCAUAGGGGCCAGCCACGCUCGUCACUUGUCGGACUCCUGCAUGCCUGUGGCAGGUCCUCAGGAGCCAAUAUGCCCCUUGACCCCAGACCCUCAUGGGGCAUACCUCUUAAGCCCCACUAUCGGCCAUUAUGGCACUAUGGACCCCCACAUGCACCACUUCCCUCCAGCAAGCCCCAUCACUCUGCAGUCCGAUUGCCUGCUGCCACUAAACAACCAGCUGACCACCAGCAACACCUUCCCUCGCUUCCAGUUUCCCUCGCAGGUCAAUCAGACCGAGUACACUCAGCAGGGUUGCGUGUCUCAGACGGCAUCUCGCACGGGCACCCUCACCACCUCUGCGUCUAUGGGAAUGGGCUUAGGUCUCGGCCUCGCGGUUCCACCUAUGAUCAGCAGCGGCACGGCAACGAUUUCCUCCGCUGCGGCAGCCAAGAUGAACCGCAUCCCGACUGGACUGUUGGACCAGCUGGAACACCACGGUCCACUGCAACGCGAUGGCUUUAGUACGCUUCAGUUCCAUAGGCGGAGUCGUGGCACCAAGCAGCGCAGUGAGAGCCCUGGUCGCAUCCGCAACCUGGUGCACUCUGUCCAAAAACUGUUCUCCAAGACUCAGUCUAUGGAGGCCUCGGGCGCUAAAGGGACUGUGCAGGGAGCCGAUGGCACCAAGGCCACACGGCGGUCUAAGAGUAAAGACCGUGCUAAGACAGAGGGUGCCAAAAAAAGAGGACGGCCCAACCUCUCCGGGUUCUGGAGCUCGGAUGAUGCACUGGAGGAUGAAGCAACGACUCAAGAGGCAACUGGUCCAGUGGCUGUAGCUUAUCGUAACCCACUGAGCAUGAUGACGCUGGGCAGGGCAGUGUCCGACAGCCAGGCGCCUGCCAGAACCCAAGUACAGGGCUAUAAUACCAUUGCUGCUCAUCGUUCACUCAAGCCCUCCAAAAGCAGCGGAGAGCUAAAAACCCAGACAAUGACCUCAACCGGUGGACCAGCAGGGGAUGGUACACUGGCAAAAAGAGGCUCGUGGUCAACACUAACUCUGAGCCAGGCUCGGCAGGUGCUGCAGAAAGGCACGGCUACAGUGAACAGGACACUGCUCAAGUCUAAGUCCUACCACCAAGACCUGACAUCCAACUUCCUACAGGUUCCUGUUGGGGAUUGGAGUGUAACAACGGGUAAGGGGGCAGGAGUGGGAGUAGCAGGGGAGAUCCCAUGCAGGAGAAUGCGCAGUGGCAGCUAUGUCAAAGCCAUGGGAGAUCCCGAGGACAGCGAACGGUCCGACAGCCCUCCCUCACCAAAACCCUCGCCAAAAACAGCCGCUCGACGCCAGAGCUACCUAAAGGCCACGCAACAGUCUCUCAGUGAACAACAACCGCCUCUGCCACCUCGCAAACACCGCUUGUGCCCAUUCACGUGGGAGCAGUACGGGGUGGCAUGGGCUCCUCUACAGAAUGCUUACUCCAUGCAGCACCUGGCAAGCUUCUUGCCAUCUCUGCGAGAACUCACCACCAACCGCAGCCUGGAUAAUCUGGACUGUCUGGUGGGGCAGAGCGAUUCUCAGCCUUGGGACAGAGAAGGAAACUUCGCUCAUGGCUCCUCCACACUCGGGCGGAGUUCUGGCAUUAGCCAGAUGGACCCAAGCUGUCUGUGCUCGGCGGCUUACGGCCACAUGGACUCGCAGGCGGUGGAGGCUCUGGACCUGACGGCGCCGAGCUGCUUCCGCUCGCGCAGCCACAGCUACCUGCGUGCCAUCCAGGCCGGCUGCUCUCAGGACGACGACUCGGACUCGGAUGAGGAUCCUCUGAUCACUGGAAGCAACAUGAGCAGCCGUAAUAAGACUCCGCCCCCGGUUCCUCCUCGCUCAGCCUCCAAGCCCUUUAUCUCGGUGACGGUGCAGAGCAGCACGGAGUCGGCACAGGACACCUACCUCGAGCAGCGCAGCGAGGCCAACAGCCAAUCGGGACGCAGCAACUCUUCAGACAGCGCCACCAGCUCGAGGACUAGCAGCCUGGCCAAAGCUCCUCUGAUACCCCGCAUCCCCAUAGUUCCCCUGGUGCCCCUCGUCCCCGUACCAGUGCCCAGUGCCCGUGUGAGCAGCCCUCCUCCUCCUCCUGCCCGAGAAACCCAAACGGUGAGCGUCGGCUUCACGCAGGACGAACCUCGGGCCAUGGCCAGGAGGAAACUCUCCUCCAUCGGCAUCCAGGUGGACUGCGUUCAGCCCGUGCUCCGAGAGGAACAAACCCCCACCACGAAGUUCCAGUCAAUCGGAGUUCAGGUGGAGGACGGCAGGCCGCUGAGCCGUUUCAGCAGCAUGGCGUCCAGACAGGAGACGGCCGACGCGGAGACUCGGGAGCGGACGGAGACAUACAGCACCACCUGCAGCACUCAGACGUUUCACUCUCAGAAGUCCUCAUCCACGUUAGAGGAGAGCGUAGAGCCGGCUCUGGACCCGUCCUCUCUGCCUCCUCCUCCUCCGUCCCUGCAGAGCGUGAGUGUGAACGGAGCGUCAGAGCAGCCUGGGGCCACCAUGGCGUCCCUCAGGGACGGACACUGCUUCCUCCGACUCCUGCAGGCCGAGACGGGGCGCAUGGAUGCCUGGUGCCAGCAGAUGGAGCAGGAAAGCAAAGAGAAACAGCUCUCAGAAGAAGUGCUGGGGAAGAUCCGCAGUGCGGUAGGCAGCGCUCAAUUGCUCAUGUCUCAGAAGUUCCAGCAGUUUCGAGGCCUGUGCGAGCAGAACCUGGACGUGAACGCUCAGCCGCGACCCACUGCGCAGGACCUGGCGGGCUUCUGGGAUCUUUUGCAGCUUUCCAUCGAGGACAUCAGUAUGAAGUUCGACGAGCUUCACAUGCUCAAGGCCAACGACUGGGAGGUGCCCGAGAUCAGCUGCAAGAAGGAGGAGAGGAAGCCGGAGAGCGUGACGACGCCGAAGAAAGCGCCGAAGCCCAAAUCGACGUCUACAAAGGAGAAGAGCAGCGGAGACUCGGCCGCUGACAAACAGAGACUGGAAGCACGGAAGCGGCUGAUGGCGGCCAAACGAGCCGCGUCCGAGCGCCAGAACUCUGCCACAGAGAGCGCCGACAGCAUCGAGAUCUACGUCCCUGAGGCUCAGACUCGCCUCUGAGAGAAAACACACACACACACACACACACUUGCGUACUCGUGCUUCUAAAGCGAAUAGCGAUACAAAAAAACUACGAACAAUGCAAACUUUUUGAAUGAGUGAAUCGAUAAAUGAAUAAAGAGCGCGCCGGCGCGGAGUCUUUCCGAACUGCCGCUGAAGUUUAUUCUC